UUAAAAAAAGAAAGAAAAGGAUAAAGCUACCCCCGUCAAUCGCCACCGCCUCACGUCUACCUCUCUCUCACAGCCAUCUGCAGAAAUCUCCAACGGACAGCCUCUCCGUCGUCGUUGGCCGCCGUUCGACCACUCCCCACCGACGCCCGCGUUGGUCCGAUAAGUUGCGCGCCGCCUAACGAUCUUGCCAUCAGCCCUCUCGGGUCUGCUGUUCGCCGCCGGUCAUUGCUACGCCUCUUCUUGGCGUCCAGUGUCUCCACCUUCGUUCUUGUGGUCUUCUCCGGAAUUUCGUUUGGAUUGAAUAUCAGAAUUGUUGUUAGUUACUGUCCUGCAAGUUCGGGACCGGUUUCGGCAAGAGGUGGAUAAGUAUUUGUCUUUGAGGUUUGAGGGCCGUUUGGAAUGUUAAGGAUGCUUUAAAUUAAUUUUCUAAUUCUUGGCGGUGGUCUAUGUUCGGGUUGGGUUACUUGAUUGAAGUUUCGAAGUGGUUUUGGAUCAAACCACGUGUUGGUAUAGAAGCUGUUUCUUUUGAUUGUAGAUUGUCUAAGAAAUGGCAAUAAUGUGAGUAUGGAAGUGGGCAUCUUCCAGAUGGGUGCAGUAAUUUUGCACUCCAGAUUAUUGACAACAGCGAAUUAUAGCCCUCAAGUAUCAUGUCUUACCAAUAUGCCCUGCCUAAUCCACUACUGGGGCUAUGAGGCUAUCUUUAAUGGACGCAGUUCAAGCUUUCUCCUGAAAUCUGCACCAUUUCCUCGAAAAAGUCUCCAGACGAGUAGACAUGUCAAUAAAUUAGCCUUUGCAUUAGAUACAGGUGGGGUAUCUAGUAGUGGUGGGGGAGACAACAUCGACGAUGGUGAUGAGUCCAAUCUGGGUCGUACUCGAUUAGGCAGGCUAGUUAGUUCAGGUGCCAGACAGUUGCUGGAAAAACUGAACUCAGCGAGAAAAAACUUUCCUACAAAGAUAUUUUUGCUUCUUUUGGGUUUCUAUACAGCAAAUGCACUUGCUACAAUUCUUGGACAGACGGGUGAUUGGGAUGUUUUGGUUGCUGGUGUGGUGGUUGCUGCUAUAGAAUGGAUUGGUAUACUCAUGUACAGGAAGCCUCCACCUCUAUUAACUAGGAGGCUGAAAUCAUUUAUUGUAAUGGUUAACUAUUGGAAAGCUGGUGUGUGCUUGGGCCUCUUUGUCGAUGCGUUCAAAUUAGGGAGUUGAAAGAUGUUGCUUCCUCAAUUGAAAAUGAAAAAACAUAGGUAAUUCUUUUUACCUUAGAGGAAAAUCAUUUCUGCGCAAGGCAGACAUUUUUGUUUCAUUUGUGUUUCUUUUGUCACUGUGUAAUCUUAUAGAUAUCUUUUGUUCUAGGAUGUUACUGUACUAUAAUCCUUUGCAAUUUUCAAUCUUUUAAAAAACAAUUUUACUAAUUAAUGCAUGGACUGUUUAGAAUUUA